GUAGUGAGUAGUCAGUAGUGAGUAGUCAGAGAGCAAUAGGUAUUUAGUAGUAAGCAGUAGUAUCAAUAUCCUGCUGCUGACUGCGCAUUGUUUGCACAUCUCCUCGCUCUCCCACCCCAACCUCACCCAGCCCUCAACACACCCCUCAACACACCGGUGAGGUCGGGGGAGUUGGUGUUUACGCCGUGUCAGCAGUUGAGACUAUGUUAGGCAAGCAGCAGCCCUGUAAACAGAUGCCACGUGCAGACGGCAGGAAGGUAGGACACCUGUUACUCUAGGGACCCGGGUGACUGGCUGCCCCACUUGACUGAGGAUCUGGAUCCUGUUUAAUACGAAAAGCUUACACCCCUACACGGGUUACAAAAACACAAACUAGUCUCAAAUAUUCCGUCGCCUAUUCAUCUGGUACAAAGACGACAACAUCUACAUACAGCGGGUGCGGCGACGACACGGCUGAGUGCAGACCUGCAGUCGCUGUACAAGUUGCUUGCAUGCAGCAGACAGUCACACCUGUGUCUACCUGUGUCUACCUGUGUCACACCUGUCUACCUGUGUCACACCUGUCUACCUGCGUACCUCAGGUGAACGGCAAGCUGCCUGUGCAGGUAGGACUGACAAGUACUAGUCAAGGAGUAGCACUCAAGGAAGACGUGUCUUCAGUGACACCACAAGGAAGUUGUGCUGAUACCGGUGGAGGUGCCUGCUACAACAGUCUGACGAUGGACGCACUGAUGGCAGCAUGUCUCCUGAUGGCCACAGCAGUGCCAGUGCCAGUGUCAGGUAGCACACUGUGUGUGUUCAAGGUGUCACUGCAGGACCCUCCUGGCAACCUGUCCUACACUGAGAAGCGCUGGUGUCAAUAUGGAUGUUGCCAUGACGACUGCUGCUUAUAUUCAGUGGCCCUGGUGUUGUGGUCGCUGGUGGGAGUGGUGCUUGGCGUGGUCCUCACGGUGUCGGUGAUCAGCUCGGCCGUCGUCUACUGCUACAGGAGACACCGCCAGCAGAUGGCGCUCACCCAGUAUGGCCGCUGUGUGGAGUCGGAGUAAACCACCACAGGUAGCCCUGGCCCUGAUCAUCUCUCUCUGACGGGGAGGACCUCACGAACAGCUUGAACAACUGUCACAACAACCUCUACUCAGUUUAAUUCAACUCAUCUCACCAACUUCAGCAUCAGUGUCAACAUCAUCAAACAGAACCUCAACCUUGUCACCACAACCAUUCAACCUGACCCUCAGUCUCAACGUGGUAUGAAAACCUGACCUCAGCAACCUCAGUCUCGUCAUCUGUGAUGGUAAUCUCAUCAUCAACCUCAGUCACAUCAUCUGUGAUGGUAAUCUCAUCAUCAACCUCAGUCUCAUCAUCUGUGAUGGUAAUCUCAUCAGCAACCUCAGUCUCGUCAUCUGUGAUGGUAAUCUCAUCAUCAACCUCAGCCUCACACUUGCCUGAUUAGCUAAGCCUCACCAACCUCUUAGCCUUAUAAUCAACAUUAAUUUUUAAUUGCUUCAUGCAACUCUGCAAUUACUUUUGUACCAGAUAGCAAAAGAUAAACAAACAUCUAAAUUUAAUAAAUAAAGACAUUAGAAACAUCUCAGACAAACAAAAAGAUUUCCUGUUACACAGACAGACAGGACUACAAGACCUCUUUAAAAAUAAAAGUCGUUCCUGUCGCUUUCGACGAAAGUUCUAGGUCUUCCAGCAGGAAGGAACACCCACAUAACAUACAACAGAAGUAGCGUGUGUAGAACACAACACGUGACAGAAGUAGAGUGUGUAGAACACAACACGUGACAGAAGUAGAUGUGUAGAA